CUUCCUUGAAUUAUCAACAUAAACAUUGGGGAUUUUUUGGUUCAGGAAAUUUACGUUGAUAUACGAUUUGAUGUUGGUGUGUGGAUUUUCAUUAAAGUCUAUUUAUUUUACUAAUAAAUGAUAGACAAAACCUGUUUUUCAUGUUUACAAAAUAUUUGAAACGACAAGAAUAUUGAUUUUGAUGUUUAGAAUUAUCAAUAUGGUCAUGUGUUCACCUCAAUAUAGCUUGAUAUGAAAAGAUUGAGUGUACACGUUUUAUUCGGAGUCUUUGGUGUAUGCGAGAUUUUUUUUAUUCAGAUUACAAAUGCAAAUUAUAGCACUAAUUGUCCAGAUAGAUCACAGUGGAGAAUAAACGCAAAAGAAAAAUGUAAUAAUACAGAAGAGUAUCAUUGCCUUUACAAUCAAGUAGAUGAAGAAUACAUUGAACUGUGUAGACCCGCAAAGGAAUUCGUGAAAGGCCGUAAAGUAGUUUAUGCUGGUACAAAUUUUGAUGUUCCACGUUGUGCGGCUUCAACAUUUAUGCCUGUUAACGUUAUAUCAAAUAUGGGACAUGAGUGUGUACUACAAAAGUCAAUAUGUAGCGAAGAAGGUCAACUUCUAUAUGAAAACAGAUCAACAGCACAGGAUUCUGUUUGUAUAUGUAACUUCCUAAAUGGUUAUGCAAAUGUGAAUGAUAAUUUGAGCAACCUUUGUUAUUGCAAUCCCUCUGAGGAAGACUGUUCUUGUUACAAGAAGCCUUUUCCUGAUGACAACCCUUUGAUUUCUGCAGGUGAUAAAUGCAUUUUGAAGAAUGAGACUGUAGAUGGAAUUCAACGCAAAAUUCCCAUUAUCAGGUGUGACACAUUAUAUAACAGCACAACAAAUCUUCCUUUUAUCAAAGAAAUUAUAACUGAGGAUUUAAGUGUACAGGAUCGAAUAUUACAAAUAUUGACGGACAGUCGGAAUAUGGUACUUGUCUUCAUCUGCCUAAUUAUUUUCUGUCUGGUUGUUAUGAUUAUAGGGCUCAUAUUUGUCUACAGACAAAAACAGAAAUUUGGUGCUGUCGAAUUAGAAAAGGAACCUGAUAAAGUUAAUGAAACUUUGUGCAUAAAUAUAAAAAGACAACAAACCAAUACCACAGAAUGUAAUACGGAGAAACGGUACCUAGAAGUUGAAGGUAUAAUACGAAUUAAAGUUGAAUCGGCACAAUUGAGAUGUCAUUUACAUGGGGAAAAUUUGAAAUCAGAUGAUUGCAAGAAAGAGCCACGAAUUUUAGACAUGUGUUUUAUUAAGAAACGGAAACAACUGUAUCUUUUAUACAUUGAUGCUGACAACAUUGAAAAUAGUAUUGUCACUCGGCAGAUAAGAGGUGACAAGUCCCCACAGGACUCAUGCAGGAAUAUUUCUCUUGUAAAGCAUCCAAAUAGAUUAGCAAAAUUAGGUGAUGACGUAAUUGCCUUGAUAUACAAGGAUGAUUUUAAUAUUCUUACAUUUAAAUUUAUUUUUGAUGAAAUGAAGUUAGAAGAUGGACCUUCAUAUAACCUGAAUAAAAAACAAAAAUCAAUUAUAGGUGAAAAAGGAAUUCAAGGAAUAGCCGGUAUAUCAGAAAAACUUUUUAUUUUAUCUAACAGAUCCGAAUUAUUUCAAUUUAAGAUACACGAGGGCAAUGUAGAAAUGACAAAUCUUUCAAUUAAAGACCCUUUUGAUACAGCUCGCCGUCUAUCCGUAACGACUGGAACAGAUACACGUGUGUUUAUUGCAGAUGAAAAUGAUAAAAAAAUUGUAUGUAUUGACAGUGAAGGUGUUAUCAAGGGUACAAGAAAGAGUCACGAUCGUGCUCUCCAAAACGUUCGAAGCAUUGCAUCGACAGAUGACAAAUUGUUCGCUGCAACUAGUGAGGGUGUGUGUGUAUUUAAUCAUACGAAAGGGAAAUUUGAAAACACCGAUAAAAAUGAGAAAGAUCCAUAUAGAUACAGUCCUAUUCUAGUGGAAUACUUGAAACAUGUAAGUCAUGCCAGAUCUUUAUGCCUUGAAGUAUUUGAAAACGAAAUAUAUCUUGGAUUAUCAUUUGUUAUUGAUAGAAAAGAUCAUAUAAUAGUUUUUAGUGUUGAUAAAAGUAAUAUUUCAAAUUUUAAUUCAAUAUCGAAAUAAUAUUUUUGUUGCCUUAAGUGAGAUUUGUACAAUUUAAUCUUUCUCUUAAAUAUAUGUUGUUGUACAAAGAAA